AAAGUUCAGUAUAUAAUCUGCAGUGAUGUGAGAUUCUUUGUACAACAGUACUGUAGCGUUACGGUAGGUGAGCUGAAGCUUAAGAUGGCUACUCCUGAUCCUUUGACUCCGCCUGUCCAGCAGAUUCCUGCGGAAGUUGCAGCCAUUAGUACUGGAGAAAAUGAGCAAGAAGAAAGGCAGCAAGAAGCACCUGUAGCCAAGGUAAUGGAUUGUGAGGAGGAAAGCAAAAGUAACGAGGUACUCACCACUACUAGCACACAUCCCCAUCAUAACAGUGCAGAUUUAGGAGAGUCUACCGAGUACCGCACUUUACGUAAUUGCUACCCAGAAUUGGUAGAGCAUGUCAAGCUGCAGCUAACAACAAUUUCUUCUGCCCUUUUUUCGAAAAGCUACAUACCAAAUAAUAUCCAUGAGGACUCAACCAGUGAUGGAGUAUCAGAUGAAAAGAAAGCUAAAAAAUUACUGGAUGCAGUGCUAGCGAAAGUAAAGCUCAACCCUGAUACUUAUCAUGGCUUUGUUGAUAUUCUUGGGAGAGAGGGACCCUGGGCAGAUGAUAUCAUCAAGCAUUUAAAGGACCAUUUUCACUCUAUCAAAUCCGAGAUGAAGCAAACCCAACACAAAGGCCUGGUUGAGAGAGCAAGUGACACUAAACGAGUGCUUGUCACUGUUGACAAUCGUGAAGAUAGCAAAGAAAGACUGUACAUCACUGAAAACAUUCAAACUCUCCAAAAUCUCACCGAAGAAAUUCGUCAGAUGUUUCAGCUGGACGGGCACUGUAUCAUCACACUUCAAAUAUGGGAUGCCAGCUUCAAUGACUUUGUGUCUAUCAAAGACAUGAAUGAGAUACAGGACUGUUGCAAGAUCAAUGCUGCCACCAGGAAGCAAGCACAGACACCUCAGAUUCAGACUCAAGUGGUCUACUGUGGUACUAAUAUAUUCUUGGGCCAAUCCAACAUGCCUGCGAAUGUAAAUCCUCGUAGGCAAAGCAACACAUUUCCUCGUAGCCGAGGAGCUCUUGGUGCUUACAUUGUUUAUAACAAACUUUGGAAGGAAAGAGAGGUACUGAAAGUGUUCUUCAAGAAUCCCGAAGUAAUUCGAAAGUGGAAGUGCAGAAACGAGCCGAUGACAACUACCAACAUCCUUGCUUGGGCAGCUGUUUGGAAUCAUCCUUUCCACAGCAAUAUUAUUCCGACGCUCGAAAUAACAGAAAAUAUUGAAAAUUCUGACAUAAGAGUGCAGUUUCUUGAGGAAUCGAGUGGUUGCUGGUCGAUGGUGGGCACAAAUGCUUCGGGGAAGGACAUUACUAUGGUACUGGAUCUCAGCCGUCACCCUCCUAAUGUGCAAAGAAGUCUGGUCAUCCACGAGUUUGGACAUGCCCUGGGGCUCGAGCACGAACACCAGCGCUCAGAUUUUUGGGAUAUUGUCGGAAAGCACAUUGAUCUUGAGAAAAUGAGGAAAGAUGCACCGGUGCAGAGAGCUCCUGAAUCUGACGAUGAGCAGGGGGGGGUAGGUUUUGAGAAAGACUGGGAGGCAAAAAUAGGAGGGGGUGAAGAGGAGUACACCGCUGUCAAGUCUGAGUAUGAUUCGAAAAGUAUUAUGCAUUACCGCUUUGAUGUCAAAUGGCUCAAAGAUGGUGUUUCUACAUUGGCUGACAUUGAGACACACCCGGAUCUGUCUAACAAAGAAAAGAAGUACCUCAAAGCAAUCCUCCAGCGAAGUGGUAUUGGGCCACUACCAAAGGAACCAUCAAAAUUGGACAUUCAGGAAUUGGUGAAAGCAUAUGAGACAACUGGACGUCGUCAGAAACCCCCUCUAGAAAUGACAAAAACUUUUCAGAAUCCCACUAGCAACGAACACGUCACAUUGGAUGAUGCUCACAUGGAGGAGAAAGACACUCAAGAGCCCAAAAUCUGGACGGGGAGGUCUGUACUGAAAGUAUACUUCAUGAAUCCCGAAAUUCUUGAGGAGUGGGCAAAUGGGACGAGAAUCGACAACAUCAUGACGUGGGCAUCUUCUUGGAAUUCUCCCUUAUACGAUCAAAUUCCAAGGUUUGAGGAAACCAAAGACGAUUUAACUGCCGACAUCCGUGUCAGGUUUUCAGAUUCAUCUGGUAGCUGGUCUGCAGUGGGUACUGAUGUCCAAAAAGUAAAAAAGAUGAAGCCGACUAUGAUGUUGGAUCUAAAAAGCUAUAAUCGCUACUUUCAGAGGUACCUUGUCAUUCACCAGUUUGGACAUGCCCUGGGACUCGAGCAUGAACACCAGCGCAUGGACUUUUGGGAUGGUAUCAGGAAGCACAUUGAUACAGAGAAGAUGGGAAACGACAAAAGCACAGGGAACUACAGUUCGGUGUCAUCGAAGGCUUUCAAAAGAGAUUGGCUGGAAUUGGGGGUGAAAGCACACAGGGAAAGUGUUAUUCCCUAUGACCCACAGAGCAUCAUGCACUGGUGGUUUGCCGUCGAAUGGCUCAAAGACCCUAAAUAUCAUAAGCUAGAGAAUAUCAAGAGUGACUCAAGCCUAACAGAUGAUGAGAAGAGGUUUCUGGAGGCUAUUCAUGCAAGGAACAGGAAGUAUGUACUAGCCCCCUCGAAAAGCGACUUUGAGUACCUUGGAGAGGUUUACAGCCGACUCGGAGAUCACGAGGAAAAAGCUACUGAAUUUGAGAGCUCUGAAGUUGAGGAACUCUUAAAACAGGUUGAUGUGAACAAAAUCAAAGGUAUAUGGCUAAGUACCACUGAUGUGAGCGAUUCUGAUCAAGCUCAGGAAACAUGGAAGAAGAUAGCACGGUUUACAGCUGAGACUAACUUGGAUUUGUAUCGUGAAAUAGUUGAGAGAUGUCGUCUUUGAGGAAGAUAAACUUGGUUUGACUGUUAGCACAGAAUUUCUUUAAUAAAUCCAAAAAUUAAUGUGUGUGAUUUUGUACAUUAGAAUGGUGUGUGCAUUCACUAUUACGUAUGUAGCUAUAUAAUUAUUA